ACCGUCAAAAUUAUAUUUAGUAUCGUGCGUGGGACGCAGUCGACGGCAGGUGCGUGUCUGUCAAACCGCGUGUGGAGUUCUGUUAUUUUUCUUGAAUUUCCGCUGAUCGGACAAAUGUCAUUGCCCACGCCGGUAAGCAAUAGUGCGCCACCUCCGCCGGAACCUAAUUUCCAUGUCGUCACGUCCGCGCCACUCACCCCGGCCCAGCAAAUCGCCCUGAGCGAGUGCACCUGGGCCGCCGGACACCCCGACAUCCAAAUGGCCUGUUACCUGGGCCGCAUUUGCACGAACGCGCCGCCCAAGUGCUGCCGCUACAAGGCCGUGCCGUCCAUCAUCCAAGCAGGUCCCACCUGUGGAUUGACCGCGCUCAGCAUGCUCCUGAACGGGCAGCCGUCGCCCGAGGAAAUUCUAAAUUUAGCCAAAGAGCGACACUUCACUCACAUCGGCGAAAUGUUCAGUGCGCACAACUUUUUCGAGCUUGUCCGCGAAGUGCUGGGCCGACACUCGGCCAUCACGGUUCAAUGCCACCUGUAUCAAGGCCGCCUUAACUGUGCCAAGGUGAAAGAGCGGCUGACCUGCGGCGCCUGCAUUUUCGUUCCAUAUGAUCCUGACUUCAACCAUGGACCCUGUUUAAAACUAGGACACAAAGCACAUUGGGCUCUGAUAAUUGGUUACAUGAUUGACGCCGACGAUGAAUUCUACGUCCUUGCACGCCAUGGGAAAACGAAAAACAUUGCCGUUUGGCCCUUGAAAGCUCUGAGUGCCAGCAACUCAAAUUUGAUUGAAUUUGCACAACCAAAAGGCUACCCAGACACCGACUUCUUAGUACCUGAUGGAGGUAUAGGCGGUGAACUGGGUCUCAAGAACCGUUCCAUAAUUGUUGAAGGUCUACCAACAGAAGACGUCGUUAUUAUCUAGCAAAGUGCUUUGCCGAAUUCAACUAGAACAUAUAUCCCGCUAGAAUGUGAUGCGAAACAAUUAAUAAAUUUGGUGCUGCAGGAACUAAUGGCUUUUUAAAAUUUUGAUUUCUAUUUUUAUUUAUGAUGUAUUUAUUUGCAAAUAUAGAGAAGAAAUAAAGUAUAUUUUUCUAGA